AUGCAGUUCCAAACUCUUGUCCUCGCGGCCUUUGCCGCCGUCGCCGCCGCGCAGACGCAGACCACCCCAACACUCCCGACCUCGGUUCUGCCAUCCCGUACAACGACCGCCCCGGCGACCAGGUCCACCUCCAACCUUGUCGCGCUGGUCCAAGGUCUGCCGUCGUGCGGCAUCAAGUGCCUGUCGGGCGCCGCCAAGCAGGCAAACUGCGACGCCGCCGACCUCAAGUGCCUGUGCGCCAACGCCGGCUCCCUGACGAACAACAUCAGCCUCAUCAGCUGCGUCGCCAGCAACUGCAAUUCUGACCAGCAAGCCAAACUCGUCUCGGAUGCUCCCCAGGUCUGCGACAAGCUCAACAACAACCCCAACCCGGCCGAGGUCUCGUCGGCGUCCAGCAUCGUUGCGUCGGCCCUGAGCACGGCUGGCGUCACCAACUCUCGCAGUGCCGCUCUCGCGCCCAGGAGGACGGACGCCCCCGCCCUCGCCGCCAUGGGUGGUGUCGCUGCCGCCUUUGUUGCGUACGCCAUGUGA